GCACAAUGGCGUUCAAGAUUGUGGUUCUUGCCUGUAUCGCGGCCUGCGCCAGAGCUGGCGUGGUCCCAGCUGCUCCCGUGGCCUACCAAUCCGCUCCAGUGGCUUACCAAGCUGCACCAGUGGCUUACCAGGCUGCCCCAGUGGCGUACCAAGCCGCUCCAGUGGCAUACCAAGCCGCUCCAGUGGCGUAUGCCGCCGCCCCGAUCGCUAAAUAUGCCGCGCCAGUCGCUUACGCCGCCCCUGUCGCCAAGGCCGUCGCUGUCGAGGCUUACAACACCCACCCUCAAUACAGUUUUGCAUACGACGUGCAGGACGGUCUAACUGGCGACUCCAAGACACAGCACGAGACGCGCGACGGUGAUGUCGUGAAGGGCUCCUACUCUGUGGUGGACCCUGACGGCACCAAGCGCACCGUGGACUAUACCGCCGACCCUCACAACGGCUUCAACGCCGUCGUGCACCGCGAACCCCUCGGUGUCAAGGUAGCCGCCCCCGUCGCUUACGCCGCUGCUCCCGUUGCGAAGAUCGCUGCUCCCGUCGUGCACUCAGCCCCUGUCGCGUAUGCUGCUGCCCCUGUUGCUAAGUUUGCCGCGCCUCUUGCGUAUUCUGCUCCCGUGUAUCAACACUAAGUGGAAGCCAAAUCGUAGUAAUUAAUCUGUGCCCUCAUCGCGAUUACGAACGUAUUAUUUGAAUAUGUCUAAUCAUGUUAGUCAACUUGUUUAGAAUAUAGGA